ACCACACUCAUUCAAUAACGCUUUUCAAUAGAGCUACUGAAUUGAUGCAUACAUUAAUUUAUCUUGUUAAAUUUUAUCAUUGUGAGUGAGCUACUGCCUCUGAUAACGGCGUUUGCUCCCACAGCAAUCACAUCGCAGACUAGAUUUCGUAAAUUUGUAAUCUCUGAUUCCAGUCUGCUGUACACCGUAGAGCAUGGAACGCUGGCAGGGUAAAGUGGCUAUCGUGACGGGUGCGAGCUCCGGCAUUGGUGCUGCCACGGUUCAGGAGUUGACAAAGGCUGGAUUGGUUACCAUUGGACUGGCCAGAAGAGUGGAACAAGUCGAAGCGUUGAAGGCAAACCUCCCGGUGGAAGCGGUCGCUAGACUACAUGCUUACAAAUGUGACGUUUCCAAAGAGAAAGAUAUUUUAGAAGCAUUUAAAUUUGUUGAGAAUACGUUCGGUGGCGUAGAUGUGCUUGUGAACAAUGCUGGUGUGUACCAAAAAGUUGGUCUGUUUGAAAAUGGGAACACAGCUGCCUUGAGGCAAUCGUUAGAUGUGAAUGUUUUAGGUCUGACAUUAUGCAGUAGAGAAGCAUUUUUUUCAAUGCAGAAAAGGGGCGUGGCAGGUCAUAUCAUUCAUAUCAAUAGUAUUGAAGGGCACUAUGUACCAUGUUAUCCUGGUGCCAACUUAUACCCUGCAAGUAAAUUUGCCGUAACAGCCAUUACUGAGACUAUGCGCAACGAAUUGAGGAAUUCCGGAACGAAAAUAAAAGUAACAAGCAUCAGCCCGGGGUUUGUUAGAACACCUAUGGUGGAUCUUUGCGAUGUUUACGCUAAUACCGAAACCAGCACGAUGCCAAUGCUACACCCAGAAGAUAUUGCUCAUGGUAUUCUAUACGCAUUGGGUACUCCACCACAUGUUCAAGUGCAUGAAUUGAUUAUUAAACCGGUUGGGGAGCCCGUUUGAAGUGACAUUAGAAAUAAAUUAAUCCUUUUAAUUAGAAAUAAUUUAUUUACUUGAUUUGGAACAAAAACAAAAUGUAAACAAAAUUACGAAUAUUAAAUGCAAUAGCAGAAAAGUAAUAAAUAGCACUCUUAAGAAGA